AUGCGACAAUGAGUUGGCAGCCCACAAAAUCCCAAGCAAUAUUUAGCAGCCGUGCAAUGUAUUUUUAUGUGCUUUUACCAACAAUAAAUUUACGCUAGUUAUGUUUGCAAAAUGUUAUUUGUUCUGAUAGCGAUUGCCAUUCUAAGCGGAUGCAUAGCCACGUCUACAAUCCACAUGCCCGUCACCACACAGGACAUCAUUGCCGGUGACGUGUUCUUCGAAAUCAUUUCGCCGCAAGAUCUGGAAUACACUUACCGACUGCGGCCGGCAAAGGACUUUGGUGUCUCAUUCAGCCAGAAACUGGAAGGUGUACCCCUGGUACUGGCGGAUCCUUCCGAGGCUUGCCAACCGCUUCGCAAUGGGAGAGAGAUGCAUGGCAGCAUUGCCCUUAUGGAUAGGGGCGAGUGCUCGUUCCUUACCAAAACACUGCAUGCAGAGGCCGCCGGCGCCAUCGGUGCCAUUAUCACCGAAUAUAAUUCGAAAUCGCCAGAAUUCGAGCUAUACAUUGAGAUGAUUCACGAUAAGACGAACCGUGACACCAAGAUUCCAGCUGGCUUUUUGCUGGGAAAAAACGGCGUGAACAUACGCAAAACGUUGCUCCGCCUGAAGCGCCUCCAUGCGCUGAUCAAUAUACCUGUCAACCUGACCUUCACCCCGCCAUCCAAAAUCAAUCAUCCGCCCUGGCUGGGCUGGUGAGUCCGAAAUGUGCGAAGUGGGCGUCUACGAAAACUACAAUUGAAAUUGAGA